AUGGCGUGGCUCUUGAGCUUGGUCUUCAGCGUGGCUGCGGCCAGCAACAUCGAGGUGACAUCGAACGACUAUGCCUUUACCUUGGUGAACACCGUGACAGGCAAGGGAGCCUGUUGGGGUGAUAGCCGCUUCGGUGGUAACUGCAGUGCGGUGGACUUCUCGAAUGUGCUGGAGGUAAAGGCCAACGCCUUCGCCUUCCUUGCGCUCAGCAGCGCGGGCGGCGAGUGCUGGGGGUCAGACGACAAUGGAGGCGCUUGUUCCGGCCUAGACCUCUCUGGGAUCACGGACGUGGCAGCCACCGACUACAGCUUCGCGGCGCUGGAUGCUGUGAAUGGACGAGGACUCUGCUGGGGUUCCGCGGCCUAUGGGGGCGAGUGCAGUGGCGUGGAUUUCUCCCAGGUCAGCAAGAUUUACGGGUCUCUCUUGGCCUUCGUGGCGAUAGGUGGCAGCUCUGGGCAGUGUUGGGGUCACAGCUCUUUUGGCGGUGACUGCAGCACGGUGGAUUUCUCUGGCGUCACCGAGGUGGUGGCUGGAGACUACGCCUUUGUGGCCUUGAACAAAGCUGCCGGCACGAUUCAAUGCUGGGGCUUCGGCCUCUACGGAGGCGAUUGCAGUUCCGUCAGCUUAACGGGCAUCACAGACGUGUACACCAACGGCCAGGCCUUUGUGGCAUUGAACCGCAACAGUGGUCAGGGUGAGUGUUGGGGUAACAGCCAAGCCGGAGGCGACUGCAGCAGCAUCGAUUUCCAGGGCGACGUGCAGAUCCACUCCACGGACUCCGCCUUCUUGGCUCUGAAAAGUGGCAGCGGCCAAUGCUGGGGCAAUGCGGACAACGGAGGCGACUGCAGCAACGUCUUCUUUACCAGCAACUCCCAGAUCUACCACACCAGUGCGGCCUUUGUGGCCCUCGAUGCCGUGAACGGCCUGGCGAGGUGCUGGGGCCACGCGUCUUUCGGAGGCGAUUGUUCAGGCAUUUCCUUCGAGGGCUUCACCAACGUGUAUGCCACCGGCUAUGCCUUCAUGGCUAUGAAUCCCGUCACCGGCAUCGCGCGGUGUUGGGGCUCCGCGGGGUUCGGCGGAGAGUGCAGUGGCGAUUUCACAGGCUUCCAGGUGUACUCCAACGAGUUCGCUUUUGUGGCAUUGAGCGGAGAGGAAGUGCGUGCUUGGGGCAGCAGUGCCCAGGGAGGCGAUGCAAGCAAUGUGAACUUUGCGCCGCUGCUGGAAAUGCCGACGACAGUGACAGAAACCACUGCCACUGCGACUUCCACGGUGACCACGGCCACUGCCACCAGCACGGUGACCAGUACCACACUGUCCACCACCACAGUGACCACGGCCACCGCCACUAGCACGGUGACCAGCACGACGCUGUCAACCACGACAGUGACCACGGCAACUGCCACCAGCACGGUGACCAGUACGACGCUGUCAACCACCACAGGGACCACCGCAACUGCCACCAGCACGGUGACCACCACGACGCUGUCCACCACCACAGUGACCACCGCAACUGCCACAAGCACGGUGACCAGCACGACGCUGUCAACCACGACGGUGACCACGGCCACCGCCACUAGCACGGUGACCAGCACGACGCUGUCAACCACGACAGUGACCACCGCAACUGCCACCAGCACGGUGACCAGUACAACGCUGUCCACCACCACAGUGACCACCGCAACUGCCACCAGCACGGUGACCAGCACGACGCUGUCAACCACGACGGUGACCACGGCCACCGCCACUAGCACGGUGACCAGCACGACGCUGUCAACCACGACAGUGACCACCGCAACUGCCACCACCACGGUGACCAGUACGACGCUGUCCACCACCACAGUGACUACGGCAACUGCCACCAGCACGGUGACCAGCACGACACUGUCAACCACGACGGUGACCACGGCCACCGCCACUAGCACGGUGACCAGCACGACGCUGUCAACCACGACAGUGACCACCGCAACUGCCACCAGCACGGUGACCAGUACGACGCUGUCAACCACCACAGGGACCACCGCAACUGUCACCAGCACGGUGACCAGUACGACGCUGUCCACGACCACGGUGACGACUGCCACUGCCACCAGCACGGUGACCAGUACGACGCUGUCCACGACCACUGUUACGACGGCCACUGCCACCAGCACGGGGACCAGUACGACGCUGUCCACGACCACGGUGACUACAGCCACUGCCACCGUUACAGAGACUGGUACAACGCUGUCCACGACCACAGUGACGACAGCCACUGCCACCGGCACGGUGACCGGGACAACGUUAUCCACCACGACGGUGACCACGGCCACUAGCAUCACAACGCUGUCAACGACGGUGUUGACGACUGCUGCGACCACUCCCAGUGCCGCAACAACUGAAGCACCUUCAAGCUACUUGGACUGGAGUCCAGCAUCAUUUGCUUUUUUCAGUUACACCGUUUGCGCCAUCUUUUGA